AUGGCUGUGUCGAAGAGAUGGUCUUGCGUGGGCUUGGCGGUGCUCGUAGUGAUGUUCGUCGGAGCAAUGGCGGUCGCUUUCAAGGAUGAGAUCUCUGCUGCGAGGGAUGUGAUAACAGAGCAUUUGGGGAGCUCAAACAACUCAACUAUGGCGGCGAGGUUGGAAGAUAGUGAGGUACCGAAUGAACAUGCAGUUGCUGAUCCGGAGGAGGUUGUGGCCAUGGUUGAGAUGAGCAUCCGCAACGCCACUGAAAGGAGGAAGCUAGGCUAUUUCUCCUGCGGAACUGGGAAUCCAAUUGAUGAUUGCUGGCGCUGUGACCCCAAUUGGCAGAGCAACCGCAAGCGCCUUGCGGACUGUGGCAUUGGCUUUGGUAGGAAUGCCAUUGGUGGCCGUGAUGGCCGCUUCUAUGUUGUUACCGAUCCCAGUGAUAAUGAUGCUGUCAACCCAAGGCCCGGAACUCUGCGCCAUGCUGUGAUCCAGGAAGAGCCCCUCUGGAUUGUGUUCAAGAGGGACAUGGUCAUACAAUUGAAGCAGGAGCUCAUCGUUAACAGCUUCAAAACAAUUGAUGGCCGCGGAGCCAAUGUCCACAUUGCUAAUGGAGGGUGCAUCACCAUCCAGUAUGUUACAAAUGUCAUUAUCCAUGGUCUCCACAUUCAUGACUGCAAGCCUACUGGCAAUGCCAUGGUCAGAAGCUCUCCAAGUCACUUUGGGUGGAGGACUAUAGCAGAUGGUGAUGCUGUCUCCAUCUUUGGAUCAAGCCACAUCUGGGUUGACCACAAUUCCCUUUCCCACUGCGCUGAUGGCCUUGUUGAUGCUGUCAUGGGUUCAACUGCCAUUACUAUCUCCAACAACCACAUGACCCAUCAUAAUGAGGUGAUCCUAUUGGGCCACAGUGAUUCUUAUACAAGAGACAAGCAAAUGCAAGUGACAAUUGCAUAUAACCAUUUUGGAGAAGGACUUAUCCAGAGAAUGCCAAGGUGUAGGCAUGGGUACUUCCAUGUGGUGAACAAUGACUAUACUCACUGGGAAAUGUAUGCAAUUGGUGGAAGUGCAAACCCCACCAUCAACAGCCAAGGCAACAGAUACAAUGCCCCAGCAAAUGCCUUCGCAAAGGAGGUGACAAAGAGGGUGGAUACUGCCAUAAAUGAAUGGAAGGGCUGGAAUUGGAGAUCAGAGGGAGACAUGUUGCUGAAUGGUGCCUACUUCACUCCAUCUGGAGCUGGAGCCUCAGCUAGCUAUGCUCGUGCUUCAAGCUUAGGAGCCAAGUCUUCUUCCAUGGUCGGCUCCAUGACUUCUAAUGCUGGUGCUCUUGGCUGCCGCAAGGGCCGUACUUGCUAGUAACACAGUCAAUUGAAGUGGCCAAAAAACAUCAGGCCAUUUCAACAUAUAUAUUUUUUUUUCCAUAUUCCAGCCUUUCACCUCCACAACUACCAUCUAUCAUCUUCUCAUUAUCAUAUAUAUUGGCAAGUGUACAUUCUUGCACAUGUCAAUAUAUUGUCAGUCACACUCAUAUAUCUCAGUUUCCAGUUUGUCAAUCUGUUAUUUCGCUCAACCUCGUCCAACUUCAAGUAAAAAUCAAGGGCCAUUGCCAUUGUUAAGGACAGGUGCAGAAGCGUCGUUCACUUGUUUCUCUUUUCAUAUUGCCCCUUCCUCAGCUUCAUCACACUUUAUCUAACCACCAUUUGUGAGUCCAUUUCUAUGCUAUUGUCAAUCUCGGUUUCUCUAUACUACUAUCCUGUCUUCAGGUUUUUAUAGGCUUUAAAGGACAUUUGUGAUUUUCUUUUUUUCUUUUUUGAUUUUUGCCUUUUGCUUUGUGUAGUCAUACAAGCAAUAGUAUGAUUAUGGAGGAAAACUUUGUUACAGAUGAUGCAUAGAAAAAUAUCAGUGAUGUUCUUUAC